AAAGGUACAGUGGGUAAAUUCAAAUUUUCAAAAAUGGAAGAGGGGUCGAGGACGAGAGAGGUUGAGUGUGCAAACAUGACUGUCACCAAACAGAGCAGCACCAACGAAACUUCUAACUACAGCUACAAUGAGAAACUUAUUCACACCAAUCAAUGCACAUCUCUCGAAGAACAAACAAAGGUUUCAUCUGACGAAGAAACGGAAAGGAACAUUUUGUGCCAUGUCGAUGAUCCUGAAUCCUCACCUCAUUCUCAGGUGGAAAAUGUGUGCCUGCUGGACAACAUUGGUGAGAUUGAGAGAGACAGGGUUUGCGUGGAGCCCUUUAAACCAUCAGAGGACAAAGAGAACAGAAAUAUCUCCACACAUGCAAAAACUAAGCAUAGAGGUGACGAUCAUGAUGUAACGUUAGGUUGCCAGCAGACAAAUGCUUUGGCCAGUUCUUCUGGCAGUCAGGGGGAAUCUAGUGAAAUAUCUGCACACCAUAUUGAUGAUGAGGAAAUAUUCAGGAGAGCGAGAGAGGAAGGACGAGUGAAUGUCGUCUUCCCCGGGCACAUCACCCAGGAUGGUUGCUGUAGAUUAGUUUGCGAGCUUCUGAAGUGUGUCCUUUACCAGCGGCAACAGAUGCCAAUGACAUAUGACCAAAUGGUGUUCCUACAGAAACAGCAGCAUAAUACCACUCAGACGGAGGACACGGUGAACCGACGGUCCGCAAAGACAUCAGGGGGCUUGGACUGGCGUCGUUGCCAGCGGAUGUUGCAGGAGUUGGAUGAGGUGCUGGCUCACCUUGAGGCCCUAUUUUCUCUUAGCCAUGUUCCCUGUGUGCUUUUUCUUCUGGGUGGAUCUACCAUCCUUCCCACUGAGCUGUAUGAGGUCAACAUGGAAGCAUUGGCUGUUGAAGCCGGUGAAAAAAGCUUAAGGACCUCAAGCUGUCUAAGACAGCUUUUCCGGACGCUAUUUGUGGCCGACCUGUUGUCGGAUGCCAAGUCUGUGCGUCUCAUGACCACCACAGUCAUGGCUCUGGGGCACCGGGAUUGUGGCGUGACUGGGUUUAAACCCAAAGUAGAUUUUAAAUUUCCCACAAAAGUGAAAAGGCAAGUCAUCUCUAUAGCCAGUGAUUUGUCACUUGCCGGGGAACUACAAAAAAGUAAGAGAGACAUGGAGGACUAUAUAUGGUUUCAGGUCCCUGUCACUGUGAAAGGAUUCUGUAAAUGAUGAGGGAAUAAACAGUAACAGAUUUCAGGGGAUGUUGGAAUACAAUUCACUCCAUUCUCAGGGAUCAUUGUAUGACUGGCCAAAAAAAAAUAAUGAGCUUUUGGGUUUUUUUUAAAUAUGCUUUAUUCAGAAAUUCUGUUUGAACUUGAAUGUUUUAUAACUGCAGAUUAUUUAUGCCAUGUUUACAUUAUUUUACUGUUGUUUUAUAAUCUGAGCUGCUACUCUAAGACCAUUUGUAUCAUUUUCUUUAAGUCACAAUGAAUUAAAACCAUCUGCUAAGUAGCUUUUGUAAACUGAGUAAUGUAAACAAUUUUAGUUCACUUAACAAUGAAUUGUGUUUAAGGGCUCUUCAAGUCUGCCAUUAUAUAUUUUAAUGAAAAUAAUGCAAUUUUAACAUUUUACUUUACUGCUUUUAUUUGCAUUUAUUAGCAUUUCCAUUCACUUAAAAAGAACAUUCAAUCUUAAGGUCAGAGUUCAUUAAACUAAUUGAAAUGAUACUGUAAUGAUUGUAGUGUAUAUUGUAAUAUUCCAUGAAACUAGGUUUCUCUUUAACAAGCAGAGGUGAGCUUUUGAAACUUUGCAGACUUUAAUAUAGCACAAAGUAAAAAA